UGCGAUAGAUAUCGCCAUAGGCUCCAUCUUCACCAAGAUGAAGGGAGUGUCCUUCACAAAUAUCAGCGGAAAGGAGAGGAUAUGGGAUGCAGCUGAUUUUGUUUUUCCUGAACAGGGUGACUCAUCUUUUGUUGUGAUGACGAACUACAUUGCUACUGUGGGACAGAAACAGGACAAAUGUCCUGAGCUGCCAGAUGGGAAGAACAAGAACAAGUGUAUGAGUGACGAGAACUGUGAUGAGGGCAAAUACAAACGUACGGGAAAUGGGCACAUGACGGGCAGGUGUAUAAGCAAUACCAGUACUUGUGAAAUCUACUCCUGGUGUCCAGUUGAAGAUGAUCGUCAAAUACCAGACCCUCCAAUCCUGCUGACAGCAGAAAACUACACACUGUUCAUCAAAAACUCCAUUACCUUUCGCCAGUUUAAUGUAGUAAGGAGUAACUUGGUGGAGAGUGUGAAUCAGAGUUACAUCAAUACGUGUUUGUAUCAUCCCAAGACUGAUCCACUGUGUCCCAUCUUCAGACUGGGAGACAUCGUUGAGCGCUCUGGGUUCAAUUUCUCAGAGAUAGCUCGUGUGGGUGGUGCUAUAGGAGUUCUCAUUGACUGGGACUGCAAUCUGGACCUCAGUAUCAGACACUGCAAACCAAAGUAUGAAUUCUAUGGUCUUUAUGGAACAGCGAAAAAUGACAAAGAAGAGAAACCAUCAUUGGGAUACAAUUUUAGAUAUGCUAAAUAUUAUGUGGAGAAUGGGGUGGAGAAGAGAACACUAAUGAAGGUGUUUGGUGUACGGAUAGACAUCAUUGUUCAUGGACGGGCAGGAAAAUUUGAUAUCAUCCCAACGUUGACGGCUAUAGGCUCAGGAGUGGGAAUCUUCGGAGUGGCAACCGUUGUGUGCGAUUUGCUCCUCCUAUAUUUUGUUCCAGAGAGAGAUUUCUACAAAAACAUGAAAUUCAAGCAUACAGAAAUCCCGGAAGAGAAACCAGCCUUGCCCCAGUCACAGACAGAAAAAGAUCUACCAAAGGAGUGAAGUCAGGACGGCUGCCAUGACGACUGACUAUUGCACUGAAGACAGAGAGAGGAAAAAAACACCUCAACACUGGAGAUUAAGCAAGACGGCUGGGAGACUUGACACACAGAACUGUCAGACAUCACUUUUCCUUUCUAAAUCACAAUUCCUUCCCAAACUACUGAGGAAAGAUAUUAAAUCACUGUUAUGAUUUAAGACUCAACUAAUACCCACUGGAUGUGUUCAUAUUGAGAGGCUCAGGACUGUAAAGGUACACAAUUCUUUGAGGCUUUUGAGGUCUUUACAAGGUUCCCAAAGUUUUUGGCAAUUACCAUGUAAUGUCUGGAUGUGUCACUCUGGAUACGGUAUCCUGUAUACUUUAAAAUAGCUAUUUUUUACUAAUAGGUGUUUUGUAUAGGUUUUUGUUGUUGUUUUUGUAGCAAGUCAAACUGUGAGCCUCUAAUUUUUGUGUGAAAUAAACUUUACAUGGUCAGUGAAAGGUAUGAGGUUGAAACUAACCAGCUCUUAAAGACUGGUGAGUGAUUUAGGCCUUUAGUUUUUGUUUUAGCUCGUUUACAAAACACUCAGCCAAGAAACAUAGGAUGCUCUAUGUCAAAAGUCUGGUAUUUUAUUAUUAGUACACAGCCUUCCGGACUGCUUGAUUUUAAUUGGUCAAAUGCAGCAUUUAAUGGUAUAAAAUUAUGACUACCGCUCAUCCAGGAACUCUUAGCUGUGCUUGUGCUCUCUCUGUAAAAGUAAUUGUUAAUCAAAUCAAUAGUCCAUACCCAUAUAUUUAUUUGUUUUAAAAGUAGUCGUGUAGUCAUUGUACAAGAAAGAAUUAUCAGGUAUUUCUGGACACUCAUGCAGUCUUUCUUCCCACCUAACAAAAUAGUUUGGUCUCACUUUAGUUUGGGGACCAAUUCUCACAAUUAAUAAAC